GAGGACGAGAGACUGGCGAAAGAGCUGUCGUUGAAAGAGGCCGCCGCCCACGACCUCUCCCAUCGACCCAAACGGCGCCGUUUCCACGAAAGCUACAAUUUUAACAUGAAGUGUCCCACGCCGGGAUGCAACUCACUUGGUCAUCUAACAGGAAGACAUGAGAGACAUUUCUCCAUAUCAGGCUGCCCGCUCUACCACAACCUCUCCGCAGAUGAAUGCAAGGGCAAGGCAACGACGCGCGACAAGCAGGCCGAAGAAAGGGCGCUGUCGCACCGGCAGGAUGAGAACAGACACUCCACGAGGAACCAGGCCCCCACAGAGGGACAGCUGCGCUACAAGGACAAGGUGACGGAGCUGAGGAGGAAGAGGAACUCUGGCCUCAACAAGGAGCAGAAGGACAAAUAUACCGAACACCGACAGAGCCACGGGACGAGCCGGGAGCCGCUGCUGGAGAACAUCACCAGCGACUACGACCUCGAGCUGUUCAGGAAAGCGCAGUCUGCAAACCCUCCUCUACAGCCACAGCAGGAGUCUCAGAUAGUUUUGGAGAAGCUCCGUCUGGCCGGCCAGGUGUCGGAGGGCAGCAACAUGAUCAAGACCAUCGUGUUCGGCCGUUUCGAGCUGGACACCUGGUACCACUCGCCGUACCCAGAGGAGUACGCCCGCCUGGGGCGGCUCUACAUGUGCGAGUUCUGCCUCAAGUACAUGAAGAGCGAGACCAUUCUGCGCAGGCACAUGGCCAAGUGCGUGUGGAAGCAUCCACCAGGUGACGAGAUCUACAGAAAGGGGAACAUCUCUGUCUUUGAGGUGGAUGGGAAGAAGAACAAGAUUUACUGUCAGAACUUGUGUCUGCUAGCAAAACUUUUCCUGGACCACAAGACGCUGUAUUACGACGUCGAACCAUUCCUCUUCUACGUCAUGACGGAAGCAGACAACACCGGUUGCCACCUAGUCGGAUACUUCUCCAAGGAGAAGAACUCUUUCUUGAACUACAAUGUGUCCUGCAUCCUCACAAUGCCACAGUACAUGAGGCAGGGCUACGGAAAGAUGCUCAUUGACUUCAGCUACCUGUUGUCCAAGGUGGAGGAGAAGGUGGGCUCACCUGAGCGCCCCCUGUCGGACCUGGGUCUGAUCAGCUACAGAAGCUACUGGAAAGAUGUUCUGCUGCGGUACCUGAACAAUUUCCAGGGAAAGGAGAUCUCCAUCAAAGAGAUCAGCCAAGAGACGGCAGUAAACCCGGUGGAUAUUGUCAGCACACUGCAGUCCCUUCAGAUGCUCAAAUACUGGAAAGGAAAGCACUUGGUUUUAAAGAGACAGGACCUUAUUGACGACUGGAAAGCAAAAGAGACUAAACGUGGUAACGGAAAAACCAUUGACCCCACAGCUUUGAAAUGGACCCCACCUAAAGGGACAUAAACAGCCUCCUUGUUUUUCCAAACACCCACGUAUAGAUAGAUCCUCCUUCGCACACCGGCAUGCUCUUUGACCCCGAGCCUAAGUCCCUACAGCUGCAGCAGAGUUACAUCCUAGUACAGCUAACCAUUUCUUUGGGUUCAGACAGUUUCUGCAUUGACUUAAGUAAUAGAAGUAUGCCACUAUCUUCACUGUACAAUGUUUUUUUUUGUAAAAUAAUUAUUAAUACUGGGAUUACACCCUAAAAAUACAUUAGCAGGAACAGUAGAGAAGAUGUGGAGGAGGAUGGACCUG